AUGCACAACAAUCCGCGAUUAACAUACUCGACUGUCAAGCCAGAUCUACUAUUCAACUCAACCAUUAUAGCCAUUGUCCAUAUGGAUUGUUGCUCAUCCAACCAGCCAUCUCGUAUGCGGCAUUCUACUCACCACUUCAACAAACCAUCUCAACAGCCAACUAACUCCAUCACUGCUCAUAUUCCUUAUAGCAAACUUCCUCGCCAGCACUAUCGCAGCAUGAUGUUUACUAAACACCAGCAUUAUCACCCAAAGAACUACAAACGGAACAAGUCCAACUACAUCCACUCUCGAACAACCAACGUCAAUCCUAAUCACUGUUCUCUGGGUCAUCCUUGUCCUCCUUUAUGGAAGACUCACUCAAGGACAAAAACCUGUCGCUCUUGUUCAUAUGCUUUUCUGCCACCUCCAUUGCAGACACCCUUGCUUAAUGUGAAGCCUCGUGUAGUGACGCUACAGACAUUUAAUGGCUGUGCAGCAACUGAUGCUAUUUCAUCAGAUAAGCUGCAAGAGAAUCUUGUCGACAGAAGACAGUAUGAACUAGGGUAUGGUUCGCUUCUGUGUUCCAAUACUCCAGAUUCACCUCCUUAUAUACCCAAAUCCAUUCAUGAUUGUAAUGCUGAAGUUGCACUUGAUGAUGAAAUUGACCUUGCUUUUAAUGAUCUUGAUCUACUAGACUCAUUUAGUCCUGCCACUCCAUACCAGUAUGGUCGUGCUACUAAUUGCUCCACGACUCCAAGUGUUGCUGCUGCUUGGUUGGAUGGUGGCUAG